CACCGCACAGUCAUAUUUGGUCCUCCGGAAAUCUCCACUGCUCGGAAUUAAAGAGGUAUGCCCCAAAAUGGAUUCUCAGUUGGCUACAGUCCUGACCAGUGGGAGCCUAAAUGUUCAAAAUGGCAGCCAGUGCACACAGAUAUCAGGGCCACUUUCCGAGGUUUGUUUAGAGCCAGAGGGAGAAGAGACCUCCUCCAGCACUGUGCCAGGUAACGUCCAGCCAUGCCCUGUACAAAUAGCACUGACCAUCAGGCAGGACUCACUGUCAAUCAAUGGAAAAAAGCCAGAGGGAGGCGGGACUUCAAAGCCAGCGUCCCACGAGACGAGUAAGAGUGGUGGAUUCAGGGAACCAAUUACAGUCAAGACCGGAGUGCCUAUUCUGCGCAGGGAGCCAAUCAGAAUCCGGAUAGUCGCUCCCCCACAGUGCAAAAGGCCAAUCACAGCCUCCGCCCUCAGCCUCACCAAAGACUUGACCCUCUCCUGUUUGAAAAAGCCUGCGGUGGUCCCAGCUGGAGAUCAAAACACAACCAAGAGUCAAACCAGUGUUAAAAGUGAGCCUAAAAUCAAGACGGACACUCAAACGACUGAAGAAGAACCUUUGAAAAGCAGAGAUACGGGCGAAAAAGUAAUUUACAAAGAGAAAGAUCUGUGUAAGGAUAAAAAUAAUAGUGAUGCUUUCGAGACCCUUCUUAUCUCUGAUGAUGAUACAGUUAAAAUACUAACCCAGUGUAAGAUUAAACAGGAGCCAGAGGAAGAUCUAGAGAAAAGCAUUCCUGUGUUUUGGGAAAGGAUGCAACUGAACGGCUUAAGGAUAAACGAUAUGGAAAUAGAGGAGCAGACCGAACCGCUGGACUUAAGUAUGCCGAAAAAACGCGAGAGGCGAUAUGGGCGAUUAUUGGAGGACUGGGGCGAGAGUUCACUUAUUAUGGAGGUAGAUGAGUAUGAAGGGGAAGGGGAUAGAGACAUUGUAGAAGAUGACAGUGACUUGGAGGUGUUUUGUACGAGUAAUUUACAACUGUCCUCAUCUCUGUUCGAUCCUUCUAUAGACUGUAACGCAGAAGACGUGCUUUUGAUAGACGAUCAAGGCAUCCCGUACACGCUAAGCCCGGACGGACACAAACUGCCACAAGUUGAUAUUUCCAAGUUGGAAAAAAUGAAAUGUGUAAAUGAUGUUUUAUCAACGGAGGAAGGUAAAACUCUUAGCCAAAGCGUAGAAAAUCAACAGGUAGAUUCGUCUUUUGAUAAAUCCGUGGUAGAAAGUCCUCCUCCCACGCUCACACCUCAACUGGACGACAACCCCGUCGAAAAUCCAACAGAAACUCAGUCCAACCAGGAAGCGAUUUUAUCUCAGCCCGCAUCCGCGCUAUCGCUACUUAAUCAACCAAUCCAAAUCCUCACGAGUUCCUCAAACAACACACCCAUCGUCUUCCUCGCCUCCGCUUCAUCCUCUGUCCAAACCCCGAUAAGCCUGUCCUUGCCUUUCUCGCAGGCUCCAUCCUCCACCCCGAUGCUGCUGCUCCUCUCCCCCGUCGCGCCCUCUUCUGGUGAGGCCGCCGCUACCUCCGCGCCCAUCGCCGUUCUAGACCCCGCCACGGGUCAGAUAUCGCAGAUCACGACCACGACGGCAGCGCCUCUGGGUCAAAUGGGCGCCGCCGUAUCCCACCCCGUGAUUAGAUUAAGCGCAAGUAACCCACCCAUCAUUCUCUCAGGCAACACUGUCCUCAGCUCUCUGUCUGUUCACGAGUCCAGUUUACAAACGGACCAGAACGCUUCCACUGCGACGCUUUCUCAUAAUCCAAUAAGCUCUUCCGAAUCCACGCCAUCUGGAAAUCAAGCCAUAUUUUCCGAAGAUACUGAAGACAAGCCAUCAACUGCCGGUUCUGCCCCCUCACAACCUCCCGCUUUAAACUUAGAUUCCUCCUCUCAACACGGCAACGACGCAGUAGACCGAUCCCCCUCCUCCUCGGACACCAAACCCGAUCUCGUCGACCACAAAUUCGAACUCAACGACCACCUUUACUACAACUGCGCCGCGCCGCCUUCCCCUUCGCUCAUGUGUGGCGCUAAACUGGAACCGCCGGACGAGGCGGCAGACCCCCUGUCUCCGGACUGGACCCCCGAUGGGCAGGGCGCUCGCAGGGUGCUGUACUGCCAGCUGUGCCCGAGGGUUUUCUUUUACAUGUCGGACCUGGAGCGGCACGCCAUCACACACUCGCAGAAGAAGCCCCACGUGUGCCCGCAGUGUGGUAAAGCAUUCAAGCGCUCCAGCCAUCUACAGAGGCACAAGCACAUUCACACGGGCCAGAGGAACUACGUCUGCCCCAUCUGUGCCAAGCGUUUCCGGGAGGCGGGCGAGCUGCAACGGCACCAGCGGGUCCACACCGGAGAGAAGCCGUACCAGUGCCAGCUAUGCCACACGCGCUUCGCCGAACGGAACACGCUGCGCAGACACACCAAGCGCAAGCACCCGUACCACCAGGUCGCCAUGGAGAUGCUGAGCGACAAGAAGAAUGGAGGAGGAAAAGGCGCAUCCGCAGUACAGGAGGAGGAGAGCGCGGAGUGGUACAGCUCCUCUGUGUCGCACAUGGACAACUCAGAGUCUGAGGCGGAGGCGUAGAGACCGGAGAGAGUUCACUUCCCCUUUAUCCAAACUGAUUUCAACACAUUCACCAAGGGAGCACUUUCACUUAUGUUAUACUUUAUUUAUUAUGACGUUAUAUCCCCAUUCCACUGGACAGGGCCAAAUGCUGGAUUCCAAAUCACGUGUGGUUUAGUUUAAAUUAUAAAGGGACACGUUAUUUUCCCUGUUGAAAAAUGUCUAACUUAUAAAUCCUAUGAAUUUAUUACAU